CAACAAGCGAUUGCGUAGUCAGAUAUUUAGUUGCAAAGUAAUAUGCUGAUAGAUAUCCUAGAAAUAAUGAACGUUCUUAUUUUGCAAUGUUUUCUGGUUAUUUUUGUUCUCCACUCUUAUGAAUAAGUGUCAUGAAAUGUUCGCCAUGAAUUACAGAUUAUAUAGAUAAACAGUGAUCAUGGUUGAACGUAUAUAACCAUUUGCUUUGUGUGGAAUGUUUCUUUGUUUACAAGGAUAGUUUGAAAUAAUUUUCACUAAUCGGUAAAAUGAGAUUGAUGUUCUAACUGAAAUAUAACAUGAUGAUGCACUGGUCGUUGUCUAUUUGUUUUUAAAUUCUAUCUACUUUCACAGUUGAAAUUAUGUGUGAAACUCCAACAUCAUUGUUGAUUAUUGGAGCUGGUCUACCGAGAACUGGAACAAUGAGUAUGAAGAAAGCAUUGGAAACAAUUUUCUCUCAACCUUGUUAUCAUGGUUUUGAAAUUAUGACCGGAAAACAAUGUGACAUUCCUAAAUGGCAAAUGCUUGUCGACGAGGUACGAACGACACAUUGUGAGGAGAAAAUACACAGAUAUUUGAGUGAGAUAUUGGAUUGUUAUGUAGCUGUGACUGAUGUUCCAUCAUGUGCAUUCUACAGAGAGCUGAUGAAUAUACAUCCAUAUGCGAAGGUUGUACUAACCGUACGCGAUAAGGACGAUUGGUUGAACAGCUUCAGGCAAGUUAUAAUGCCAAAAUCAGAUGACCCGAGUAAAAAGCAAUUUGAGGAGGCGAAAAGACUUGCAGGAGUCCCAAUUGAAUGGGAUAAGCUUCUUACUGAUUCACUAAAACUAGCAUUUCAGAAGGAAGAUAUUGAUUUUGAUGAUGAUGCAAUGUUACUUGAAUGUUACGAAAAACAUAUUGCAACUCUUCAAGAAAAUAUACCACCUACACGUCUUCUGGUACAUCGACUUGGAGAUGGUUGGGAACCAUUGUGUAGAUUCUUGAAUGUGGAUAUACCAGCUAACAUACCAUACCCUAAGAUGAAUCAACUGUCUGACAUGAUGAAGCUAAGGGAUUUGAUAACUAAAUUUGGAUCGAUUGAGGAAGUCGCAAGAAUGCAUCCAGGAAUUAUGUAAAAUUGAAGAAAACACAAAUUAUUAUUAUUAUCAGAUAAGAAAUAAAUUGUCAUCAAGCUUUGAAUUCUUACUUGUUGUUGACAGCCAUGGUAAUAUUGGUGAAACAUAUAGUCAGUAUAAUAAAC